GCUGUUGGGCCGCUCCAGGGGAGAGCGGUCCAGCGAACAGCCUUGCCGCGAGCUCGAGAUGCUGCUGCCGCCGCCCGCGCUGCGCCGCACCCUGCUGGCCCGCCCGUGGAGGGCGGCCGGGCUGUGUUGGAAGCACAUCUCCUCCCUGAAGGUGGUCAAUGAGCCCAUCUUGGCAUUCACACAGGGCAGCCCUGAGCGAGAGGCACUGCAGAAGGCCUUGAAGGACCUGAAGGGCCGGACGGAAGCUGUCCCGUGUGUGGUGGGGGACGAGGAGGUGUGGACCUCAGACGUGCGGUAUCAGGUGUCGCCCUUUAACCAUGGACACAAGGUGGCCAAGUUCUGCUAUGCAGACAAGGCCCUGCUCCACAGAGCCAUCGAGGCCUCCUUGGCCGCCAGGAAAGAGUGGGACCUGAAGCCUGUGGCAGACCGGGCCCAGGUCUUCCUGAAGGCGGCGGAUAUGCUGAGUGGGCCGCGCAGGGCAGAGGUCCUGGCCAAGACCAUGGUGGGACAGGGGAAGACGGUGAUCCAGGCGGAGAUUGACGCCGCGGCCGAACUCAUCGACUUCUUCCGAUUCAACGCCAAGUUUGCUGUGGAGCUGGAGGGGGCGCAGCCCAUCAGCGUGCCACCCAGCACCAACAGCGUGGUGUACCGGGGGCUGGAGGGCUUCGUGGCGGCCAUCUCCCCCUUUAACUUCACUGCGAUCGGCGGCAACCUGGCGGGGGCGCCGGCCUUGAUGGGCAACGUGGUCCUGUGGAAGCCCAGUGACACUGCCAUGCUGGCCAGCUACGCUGUCUACCGCAUCCUCCGGGAGGCCGGUCUGCCCCCUGACAUCAUCCAGUUUGUGCCAGCUGAUGGGCCCACAUUUGGGGACACCAUCACCAGCUCAGAGCACCUGUGUGGCAUCAAUUUCACAGGCAGCGUGCCCACCUUCAAACACCUGUGGAAGCAGGUGGCCCAGAACCUGGACCGGUUCCGCACCUUCCCACGCCUGGCUGGAGAGUGUGGUGGGAAGAACUUCCACUUUGUUCACCGCUCGGCCGACGUGGACAGCGUGGUGAGUGGGACCCUGCGCUCAGCCUUCGAGUACGGCGGCCAGAAGUGCUCGGCCUGCUCCCGCCUCUACGUGCCGCGCUCGCUGUGGCCGCAGAUCAAAGGGCGGCUGCUGGAGGAGCACGGCAGGAUCAAAGUGGGCGACCCUGCAGAGGAUUUUGGGACCUUCUUCUCCGCCGUGAUUGAUGCCAAGUCCUUUGGCCGCAUCAGGAAGUGGCUGGAGCACGCCCACUCCUCGCCCAGCCUCACCGUCCUGGCCGGGGGCCAGUGUGACGACUCCAUGGGCUACUUCGUGGAGCCCUGCAUCAUCGAGAGCAAGGACCCCCAGGAUCCCAUCAUGAAGGAGGAGAUCUUUGGGCCUGUGCUGACCGUGUACGUCUACCCAGAUGACAAGUACAGGGAGACGCUGCGGCUGGUCGACAGCACCACCAGCUACGGCCUCACGGGGGCAGUGUUCGCCCAGGACAGGGACAUUGUCCGGGAGGCCACCGAGAUGCUGAGGAAUGCUGCCGGCAACUUCUAUAUCAACGACAAGUCCACUGGCUCAGUGGUGGGCCAGCAGCCCUUCGGAGGGGCCCGAGCCUCGGGGACCAAUGACAAGCCAGGGGGGCCCCACUACAUCCUGCGGUGGACGUCACCCCAGGUCAUCAAGGAGACCCACAAGCCUCUGGGGGAUUGGCGCUACCCAUACAUGCAGUGAACCCUGCUCGGCGCCUCGGCCAUCCACCUGUCUGUCCGUCCAGAUGACUGACCUCAGUGCACUGACCCCACGCCAGGCCCUCCACCCCGCUCCCCAUGGGACAACACUCUUUCCAGGGCCAAGGCCUGCCCCUGCCCCCCACUGGCCUGUAUCCUGGCCCAUCCCACCCCUCGGAGUCAGGUGCAGGGCUCUGGUUUGAGAUCACACUAUGGGGAGAAACAGGGCCGCCACCCUUGACCCUAUCGAAUGUUCUAGAAAUUCCAUCUGGUUGGUGUGACCUUGGUGCCUGGCUGGUUCUCCUUCUGUCCCCUUUUCUUUCCUCUACACUAUAGCCUAGUGGCUCAGGGACCUGGGGAAUCGCGCUGGAGUAGCUCGCGGAUCUGUGGAGGAGAAGGAGGCAGCUCUGGGCCCCCUGGCAAACCUCACCACCCACGGAGGCCCCUGGCCUUGGCCCUGACUUCUCCGGGUCUCCAGGAUUAGGUGUGACCAGGGUGGCCUGCAGGGCUGGCAAGUUGUGGCUGCAGGGUGUAGGGGCACCAGCUGGCCUUGCCUUUGGUCCGGGCCGCUCACUAGCUCUUUGCCCAGACGCACCUGUGCUAGCAGGUACCUGUGCCCAACCAAAUGCCUUAGACCCCAUGUGCCUUGCUCUAGAGUGCCUGAGCUCCAGAGGCCCACGGAUUCCUGGCAUCUCUGUGUGGUGGGGCUGGGGGGCUGCUGCAGGCCACCUGCCAAGGUGUGGGCUGUGCUGGCCCUUCCUGUGUGGGCUGUGAGGUUGGCAGACUUUGAGGGGACCUUCGUGCAGCUUCCUUUAGCUCUUGGGUCCUGCCUCUAGAGCCUCAGUUGGCCUGGGGUUUCCUGCAGGAGCUCAGCGCCCACUGUCCUGGGUAGAUAUUGCUCCCACCUUCCCCAGCGCCGGAGACCUCGCCUUGGGUCCCUGUCCAGCCCGGGCGGAGGCUUGACUAUAGAAUCGCCCCUCCUUUGCCUGUUAGUGGCUCUGUGUGGACUGGCCCCUAGGAGCCCUGUUCCUUGAUGCAGCCAAUCGGCGGAUACUCACAAAUGUAUCCUGGAUAGAUUCUGGGUGGCCGAGGAGUGGUAAGGGGUAACUUUGAAGGACAGUUUGUAGGGGGCCCUGAAAGGGCUGGGCCCUCCUCUAGCACGGCUGGCAUGGGACCCCCGUGGGGCUGGAGUGGCCAUUCGCCAAGUGCACGGUCACAUACCUUGGCCCGCAGUCAGGAGUGAGUCCUGAUGCCGCCAGGCCUGUUUUCCACAAGGGGCCAGGUCAGGCGGCAGGGGGGCUGGGGGUGUUCCUGGCCCUACUGGUUCUACACUGUGAGGUGGCAAUAGAAUUUGCCCCGAUGCCACCUAAUAAAAUGCCUCUUGCUUAACCAAAUUGGUGGUCUUUCUGGUGGGGGUGCUGGGGGCUGGUCACCUUCUAAAUGAAGACAGUGUUGCCAGUGUGUCAUUAGGUGCAAGGAGGGCAGUGCCUUCAGUGUGAUGGAAGGAAGGAGACACUGAUGGCGGGAAUCCCUGCUGUGCAUGGCGGGAACUCUGGAGCCAGAGGGCCUGGGUUCAAAUCCCAGCUCUGAAAAGUUGUGCAGUCUCUCUGACCCUCUGUGUCUUCAUCUCUUAGAUGGAAAUAACCACACACGCACACACAUGCACGCACACAGGUUGUCUUGAGAAUUCAAUGAGUUAAUUCAUAUAAAUGCUUAGAACAAAGGCAGGUAUGGAAUUAAUGAUUCAACAAUGUUAUCUGUUUACCCAUUGUUAUAACCACCACUGUUAUGUGCUGUGAUUGUUAAGUUUAUGGGUUAGCUUGGCUGGGCUAUGGUGCCCAGAUACCUGUUUCAGCAUUAUUCUGGAUGUUUCCAUGGAGGUGUGUUUUGGAUGAGAUUAACAUUUAGUUCAGCGGACUUUGAGGAAAGCAGAUUACCCUCCGUAAUGUGAGUGGGCCGUAUCCAGUCAGUUGAAGGCCUUGACAGAACAAAGACUGGCCUCCCCCCAGCAAGAAGGAAUUCUGCCAGCAGCUGCCUUUGGACUCAACUGCAACUCCGUGCGUCCCUGGCCCGCCAGCCUGCGCUGCAGUUUGGACUUUGCAGCCUCCACAAUUGUGUG